GCGAGUUCGAUCAACACGUUGGUGUCGGUGUGCGGGACGGUUGUGAGGGUGUCGAACGUUCGCCCGAUGCUGAGGGUGGUAAGAGUGACGUGCAGGAGGUGCAAGUGCGACUGGAAGUUGGUGUGUCGAGACGGGACGCCUGAGUGUGUGUACGAGUGUAUGAGUGCGUCUUGUUCGAGUCAGCAGUUUGGGAUAGAGCGCGAUUCGGCGGAGACGAUAGAUUGGCAGAGGGUGAGGUUGCAGGAGUUGGCGAGCGACGAGGGAGAGUGGCAGGGGGGGGAGAGGUCCGCGCACGGGAGGAUUCCGCUGACGAAGGACGUGGAGGUGUACGGGGACCAGGUAGACAAGUGCGUGCCGGGGGACAGGGUGGUGGUGACGGGGAUAGUGAGGGUGGUGUCGGUGUCGGAGAGGAGGGGGGUGGCGAGGUCCGAAAACCCGUUUGCGCUGGUGUCAUUGUCGAUAUGCCCGGUGAUUUGCGGGCAGUACAUGGUGAAGGCCGGGCUGACGUUGGCGAUGUUUGGGGGGUGUUCGAGUGAAGAGGGCUGGCUGACGGACGAAGAUGACAUUCAUGUGCUAAUAUUAGGGGAUCCAGGGCUAGGCAAGUCUCAGUUGCUGAGUCACGUAGCCAGCUUGUCGCCUAGAGGCGUCUAUGUGUGCGGGAGCUACGCGUCGGCGGCGGGCUUGACGGUGUCCAUUCACAAGGAGCCGGGUACCCAAGACUACGCUUUGGAAGCGGGCGCACUGAUACUGGCCAACAACGGGAUAGCCUGCAUAGACGAGCUAGACAAGAUGCCCCAUCAAGUGGAUGCCCUGCUGGAAGCUAUGGAACAACAGAGAGUUUCUGUUGCCAAAGCGGGCAUUAUAUGCAACUUACCUGCGCACGCUUCCAUUAUCGCGGCGGCGAACCCCAAGCACGGCCACUACAAUAAGACCAAGACCGUUUCUGAAAACCUCAACAUGUCUAGCGCCCUCCUGUCAAGGUUCGAUCUGAUUUUCGUCCUGGUCGACCACGUGGACGCCAACCACGACGAGCAAGUGUCGAGCCACAUCAUGGCCCACCACCUGUGCAAAAAGCACCCAGGGACUCCGGAAAAGGCCCCUGACAGCAACAAAGAAGUCGCCGCUCGCGCGGAGUCCGCGCCUCCGUUCCCCUCCUUAUACCAGAGCCUCUCCUCGUUUUCGAAGACCAACCCCCCUCUGCUGAACUCGGACCUCCUCAGCCGGUACGUCCUCUACUCCAAGACCUACGUUCGCCCAAGCCUCACCUGGUCUGCGCGGAAACUGCUGCAGAACUUCUACCUCUCCCUUCGCCGGUCCCAACGCGCUCAGGACGGGACCCCGGUGACCACCAGGCAACUGGAAUCCCUGAUUCGCCUGUCCGAGGCGAGGGCAAAGGCCGACCUGAGGGAACAGGUCACCGAAAACGACGCCAGAGAGGCCAUAGAAAUCAUGCGCUCGAGUCUGAGCGACGCGUUCGACGACGAGCUAAUCGCGAGAGGAACGCUCGGACACGAGGGCUCCGUCGACGUCUACGCCACCGGGAAACGAGGAAGGCUGAAAAAGUCUCAGCGAUUCGUCAGCAUGUUACAAACUGCCGCGAGAAGCCUAGGAAAAAUCGAAUGGACCACCCAGGAACUCUAUGCGUUCCUAAAAGAAAACGACCUCUCGGUACCGGCAUCCUCGUUCGAGGAAUUCGUAGAGUCGCUCAAUUACCAAGGCUACCUCUUGAGAAGCAAGAAAAACACAUGGAAACUUUACGGCAUUUGA